AUGCCGAAUCCGAAGACUCGCUACCACACCAAAGCAACUGCUAUAAUGGUGCUGGGUUCAGAACCUUUGCGGUUCAAGAUCGUCCGAUUCUCGGAGCGAAAGUCUGCUCAUAUUAUGUACAAGUGUGAAAUUUAUUACAACGUCCGGUGCGAGAUUUUCGAUUCGGAAACAUGGGCGUGGAAGGAGGAGAACGAUAUAAGGCUUCCUUAUGGCGUUUAUUUUAGCAAUAGCAACCAUCCUUCUGUUGCAUCUGCAUGUGGUAAACUAUACUGGCUUUUGUCGGACAAUCAGAUAUUUGUGUUUGAUUUGAAUAAUGAGAGUUGGAAAAUCUUUUCUCUGCCUAAAUCAUUGUGCGAGAAAGAUAUUCAUCAUCAGCUAGUGGAAUAUGAAGGUCGAUUGGGUUUGGUUUCCAUGGGAAAAGAUGAAGACUGCUUGGCACUAUGGGUUAUGAAGGAAUUUGGGAAGAUUAAGGUAUGGGGAAAAAGACUAGAAAUUAGCAUGGAAGAUAUUCGUGAGAGAGAAUAUCAUACUUGUCCAACAGCUUUUUGCAAUGCCGAUGUUGCAAUUUUUAAAGGUUUUUCCAGGAUGAUGUUUUACAAUUUUCAAAAUCACAAGAAUUCCAAAGAUGUUCCCUUGAAGCUGCCGUUUCUAUAUGCCAGAGAUGUUUUCUCUUUGCAAUCGGAUUUUGAAGAUGCUAAUUUUUGCUGGAAUUAA